AUGAGACCCCCUGGGAACAAGCAUGAGGCCCCUGGCAACAAGCGAGAGACCCUUGCCACUGAGCAUGAGACCCUUGGCAAUGAACAUGAGACCCCUGGCAGCGAGCAGUUUGACACUUUUAUUUUGUCAUUAAAUAUCCUGGUAUAUCUGAAAAAGCAGCUGAGGGACCUACAAGAAGCCUCAGUCCUCAACAACCUGCAGAAGAGAUUUGACCGAGAGUUGAUAUAUACAUAUAUUGGUAGCAUCCUCCUCUCUUUAAACCCAUACAAGAUGCUGAAUAUGUAUGGAACGGACCAUGUGUUGCUAUAUGAAGGGAGAGCUUUGGGAGAGAAUCCUCCGCACCUUUUUGCUAUUGUAAAUGUAGCCUACACCAAACUCAUGGAUGCCAAACACAACCAGUGUAUUAUCAUUAGUGGUGAAAGUGGAUCUGGUAAAACAGAAGCCACAAAGCUGGUACUGCGUUACCUGGUAGCGGUGAAUCAGAGACGCGGAGUGACAAACCAGAUUUUAGAGGCCACACCUCUGUUGGAAUCUUUCGGAAAUGCCAAAACAGUCCGGAAUGAUAACUCCAGCCGCUUUGGGAAAUUCGUGGAAAUCUAUCUGGAGGAGGGUGUGAUUUGCGGUGCCAUAACAUCCCAAUACCUGCUUGAAAAAUCCAGAAUCGUAUUUCAGGCCAAAAAUGAGAGGAAUUACCACAUUUUCUAUGAGAUGCUGGCUGGUCUCCCCUCGCAGCAGAAGCAAAUAUUCUACCUUCAGGACGCCGAAACGUAUUACUACCUGAACCAGGGAGGUAACUGUGAAAUUCCUUCUAAAAGCGAUGCCGAAGAUUUCCGAAGGCUUCUAAAUGCCAUGGAGUCCCUCAGCUUUACCAUUGAGGACCAGGACAGCAUCUUCCGCAUACUCUCUUCCAUCCUUCACCUGGGCAACGUCUACUUUGAGAAAUAUGAGACAGAGUCCCAGGAGGUGGCGUCGGUGGUGAGUGCAAGUGAGAUUCGGGUGGUGUCUGAGCUACUACAAAUAUCCCACGAGGGACUCCAAAAAGCCAUCACCUACAAAGUGACCGAAACGAUGAGAGAAAAAAUCUUAACUCCUUUGACGGUGGAUAGUGCUGUUGAUGCCAGAGACGCAAUUGCCAAGAUUUUAUAUUCACUGCUCUUCAGCUGGCUCACAGACAGAAUUAACAAGCUGGUGUACCCCAAGCAGGAUGCUCUGUCCAUUGCUAUACUGGAUAUUUAUGGCUUUGAGGAUCUCAACUUUAACAGCUUUGAACAGCUCUGCAUCAAUUAUGCAAAUGAGUACCUGCAAUUCUUCUUCAAUAAAAUUGUGUUCAAAGAGGAGCAGGAGGAGUACAUCCGUGAGCAAAUAGACUGGAGGGAGAUCUCCUUUAAUGAUAACCAAUCCUGUAUAGACCUUAUAUCCCAGAAGCCCUAUGGAAUUCUCAGGAUCUUGGAUGACCAAAGUUGUUUCCCACAGGCCACGGACCACACAUUUUUACAGAAGUGUCACUACCACCAUGGCACCAGCGAGUUGUACUGUAAGCCGAAGAUGCCUCUCCCUGAGUUCGGGAUCAAGCACUUUGCUGGGAAAGUCACUUACCAGGUCUACAAAUUCUUGGACAAAAAUUAUGAUCAGGUCAGACAGGAUGUCCUGGAUCUUUUUGUCAGCAGUAAAAUCAAGGUGGUGGCCAACCUGUUCUUCAGCCAUGCUCAGGUGCUAGCUCAGCAGAAGACAAUGAUGGGAAAGAGCAGCACAGUGACCCGGAAAUACAAAGCUCAAACAGUGGCUGCCAAGUUCCAGCAAUCCCUCCUGGAGCUCGUAGAGAAGAUGGAGAGGUGCAACCCCUUUUUUGUUCGAUGUAUUAAACCCAACAACAAGAAGGAACCUUCCAUGUUUGAACCAGACGUUGUAGGCAGUCAGCUCAAAUACUCUGGAAUUUUAGAGACCAUCCGAAUUCGGAAGGAGGGUUAUCCUGUGCGGAUCCCUUUCCACAUCUUUCUGAGCAGGUAUCGCUGUGUCAUGGACCUUGGCCGCAAUAUCCGCGUAGACGGGAAUAUCUGCGUCACUGUGCUGAGGAAACUGUGUCCGUCAGCCAACCCCACCAUGUACUGCAUCGGAGUGAGCAAGCUCUUUAUGAAGGAGAAUCUCUACCAACAACUGGAGAGCAAACGAGACCAGCUCAUGAACAAGGCGGCUGUGACUCUCCAGCGCUACAGCCGUGGGUUCCUUACCCGCAAGCGUUUCAGAACCUUGCGACACCGGAUUAUUCAACUCCAGGCACUGGCACGGGGCUACUUGGCCAGACAGAGAUUUCAAAAUUGGAGGAAGAGUAUGAUGAAGUUCCGAGCAGUGGUCCAUAUGUAUGUGAAUCGGAGAAGAUACCUGAGGAUGAAGGCCGAGGCUCGCAGGCUGGCUGAGGAAGAGCGCCAGAAAGCUGAACAGGAGCUGACCAAGAGAGAGGUGUUCAAUGUGACUAACCUGGAGAUCCCAGCAGAGCUGGCCGGCCUCCUCCGCGCUGCAACAGCUCAGAAGAACCUCAUGAUGGAAUGUAUUACUCCUUCUCACUCCCCAAGGGUGCAGGCCGACAUACAGCUCACACUGCCCCUCGACAUCAACAACUACCCCAUGUUCAAAUAUGUGCGGGUUUUCUUCAGGGAGCCCCUUUUUGGGAUGUUGACAAUGACACUUGGGUCUUCUCUACUUCCUGUGGAAGAUGAGCUAAAGCCACAAGCCAUUACUGCCUUCAAACUAGUGCUGAGGUUCAUGGGUGACCCGUUCCUUGAUGAAGCCCAGGAGAUCUUGUUUGGAAAUUACAUCAUCCAAAAGGGGCUGUCUAACAUGGGGCUGAGGGAUGAGAUUUUGGCUCAAAUUGCCAAUCAGGUGUGGCAGAACACGAACCCAAACAACGAGGAACGUGGAUGGUACCUCCUGGCAUCCUGUCUCAGCAGCUUCGCCCCUUCCCCAAACCUGGACAAGUAUCUUCUCAAGUAUGUGUCGGACUUUGCCUACAAUGGGUAUAAACCAGUAUGCCAACAUAAGCUUAUUCUAGCAAUACAGAAAGCUCAGCAGGGCUCUGAGACUGCCAGGACCUUCCCACCCUGCUUAUUGGAGUGGACAGCGAGCCGGGAGAGGGCUAAUAUGGCUAUGGACAUUCAUUGCUUUGAUGGUACAAGUAUUUUGUGUCCCAUCCAUUCAUGGACAGAUGGAGAGGAGAUAGCAGGGGACGUACUCAGACACAGGGGGGUGAGCGAGGGCUGGAGGGGCUGGUCAGUGUCUAUUAAGAAUGGCGGCCAUUGGUCAGAGCUGGCUGGCCAUGAUUAUAUCCUGGAUCUGAUCUCCGAUGUGGAAUUGCCCAGAGAGUUCCCCAAACAGAAACCUUAUUUCAUCACGUCAGAAGGAGCACAGGAGAACGAUGAACGCCGCAGUGCAGUAUUUGGGAAUGGGUCUGACGUGGACGAGGAGGUCCCACCCCCACCAUUGAUGAAAGCCCCGUCUUUACCACAUCAGGGUAUCCCAGACUCAGAAGGUUAUUACAGCCAUGAUUCGGAUACCUUCAGCGAGCCUCCCUCUCAGAAAGGCAUGGAUCAUUACCUGGACAGCCUGUUUGACCCUGUACUGUCCUAUGGGAAUGGGGAUUUGGAAAAGCUAACAGCAAUGUCCCAGAAGAUGAAGGGGGGCGGAGGUGUCCGAGGCAGGGAUGGCAACGAGGUCCCCGGAGAUUCCAAUAUCCCAGGCGAAGGGUCCCACCACACAGGAUUGGAACAAAGCAUGUACGCUCAACAGCAAGCUUAUAUCAACCAGCAAGCCAUGUUACUGGCCCAGCAGAUGACUAUGCAGGCCAUGGCAAUCCAACAGCAAAUGGUCAACAAUUCUGCCGAAUCCCCCCGUUCAACCAGCCCACGGUCCCCUUCCAGCAGAACCAGUUCUUACAGGGUGACCCCUACAGUGGCUCCAAUGCCGAGAACUGGGGUUCCUGUCCAGAGGAAUGCUGUGAAUGGAUCAUUCUACAGAACACCUACAGCCUCCACCAGAGAGAACUCCAUCAAUUCCAGGCCUGGUCAUUCCAACCACCACAGGCCGGAAGAUCUCAUCCAUCACAGCACUCUGAAUUCCGAGCAUUUUACUGACCCAACACACAAUAUUAAGGAUAUAAUUAACCAGUACAAGCAGCCAGGUGGGACCAGACCUGUGGCUGCUCCUAUAAGGAAGGAGCCUGCUAAAAUUUUUGGGCGCAGAUUGGACCCCCAUGAAGAAGCUAUGAAAAUCCUGAAGGGACAGGUGUCUAAUCGACCACUUGCAGGACCAACACCGGUUUCCAACAUGUCUUACGUCCCUAAGACUUCUAGAGAAACUGUGGCUUUGGUAAAACCCGUUCCAAGCAUUAAAACGAAGAAACCUGCCAACCCACCGCCCAUCAGCUGCGUCAGACCCACCACGGCACCCCCAGUCUCUGUUUCUCGGGAGCUGUCUGAAGACCAGGAGAACAUUCAGACCCAGCUACAUCGCCAGUACAGUGAGGAGCACUACACCUACAGCAAUGUGCCCUGGAAGAUCUACAUCAGGAAGGAGGUUUUCUAUCCAAGAGACAGCUUCAAUAACCCUCUCAUCCUCGACCUCAUCUUCAAGCAGGUCAUCAGUGACACUCUGUCCGAGAGCUGCAUCAGGAUCACUAAGGAGGAGAGGCAGAGAAUGCGGUCUUUACUCGCGGAACACAGGGUAGAUUCCUUGAACGCCAUCGCAGAUGAGACCGUGAAGAAGAAGGUUGUAACGGCCGCCCGAGAAGAGUGGGAAGUAUAUUUCUCCAGGCUUUUCCCAGCUGCGGGCAGCGUUGGCACUGGUGUACAGAUUCUUGGAGUUUCUCAUACCGGGAUAAAACUCCUGAAGAUGCUGAAGACUGGUGGCUCCACCCCGGAACAGAUGAGGGUCCUGAGGAGUUACAGUUACACAGACAUCAUGUUUGUCACUGUUCUUUCCAAGAACAUGCUGGAGUUCAACCUGACCAAUGAGAAGCUUAUACUCUUCUCCUCGCGGUCCAGCCAGGUGAAGAGCAUGAUAGAUUGCUUCUUGACGGAGCUGAAAAAGGAUUCCAACUAUGUGGUCGCUGUGCAGAAUUAUGUAACGGAAGACAAGAGUUUUCUGAGUUUCCAUAAAGGAGAUAUCAUCCGGCUGCAGUCAUUAGAAGGGCUGCAAAAAGGCCAAAGCUAUGGCUGUGUUGUAAGGAAGAAAGUGAUGUAUUUGGAGGAACUGAAACGUGGCACCCAGGAUUUUGGUUGGAAGUUUGGAGCCAUUCACGGCCGGGCAGGUUUGUUCCCUGCAGAGUGCACACAGCCAGUGGCAGCUCCGGAUUUUGUGAACCUACCAGCUGACAGGAAGGAGGAGCCACGCAACCGGCAGAGCCGAGCAGCAGCAUCAGCGGCAGUGGCAGUGGCUGUUGCCUCAACAGCCGUAGCUCAUGAGUUUGACAAAAAAACGGACGGCUCGCCCACUCCGAGUGAAUAUGCUGAAAGUCUGGACGAGUACACAGAAGCCGACACCUCGGAGGUUACGUUACAGGGCAUCGGAUACAACAUGAUGGAAUUUGCCAAGAAGUACUUCCGAGAGGGUCUGCGGCUGAUGGCACAAGAGGAGCAGGCAAAGAAAUCUGCAGGGGAGUCUUCCAAAGUGGGUUCAAAGAAGAGCCACGAGUCCAGAGACCCUGCUGACAUGUUGAAGUUUUCCAAGAACCCCAUACAGGAGUCCCUCAUCGAGUUCAGUGAUAGUGGCAUGAACAAAAUAGCCUCAGAGCUCUUCCUAGCCGUGAUGAAGUUCAUGGGGGAUGCUUCACUGAAGGGCCAGUCUGAGCAGGACGUGGUGUCCUCCAUCCUGAAGCUCUGCGGGGAUCAUGAAGUGCUGAAAGAUGAGGGGUAUUGCCAAAUCAUCAAACAGAUAACGGACAACUCCAGCACCAAAACUGACAGCUGUCAGCGAGGUUGGCGGCUCCUGUACAUCCUUACUGCCUAUCACAGAUGCUCGGAGGUCCUGAAGCCGUACCUGUUCAAAUUCCUCCAAGAUACAUGCCGAAGCCCGGGCUUGCACUUCCAAGGGAUCGCAAAAGCGUGUGAGCAAAACCUGCGUAAAACCCUGCAGUACGGAGGGCGAUCUGAGUACCCCAGCGCAAUGGAGUUAAAAGCCAUGGUGGCCGGGAGAAGCUCUAAGCGCCAGCUGUUUCUUCUGCCGGGGGGAAUUGAGCGACACCUCAAGAUAAAGACUUGUUCGGUGGCCUUCGAUGUCAUCGAGGAAAUCUGCAUGGAGAUGGGGAUUCAUCGAGACGAGGCCUAUAAUGAAUAUGCUAUUUUCGCUGUCACCAACAGGGGGCAGAACGUAAGACCGCUGAACAGGAAGGAGUACAUCCUGGAUGUAUCCGCAGAAAUGGAGAAGACUGACAGUAACUACAUGUUCUGGUUCAGACGUGUCAUCUGGGUGCAGCUGCUGAAGUUUGAGAAUGAGCUAUAUGUGACCAUGCAUUAUAACCAGGUUUUGCCGGAUUACUUGAAAGGACUAUUUAAUGUUCUGUCCCAUGCUAAACCCACGGAGCAACAGUUCCAGCAGAUAUCCAGACUGGCGGCUUUACAGCACCGGGCAAAGGACAGUGUAUACCUGCCUACAGCGCGAGAAGUCCAGGAUUACGUCCCCAGUCAGUACUACAAGGUGGUGAAGCCUCAGUCUUGGUUAAACAUGGUCAUGCAGCAUAUGCAGCAGAUCCAGCCUCUCAGUCCUCACCAGGGAAGAGCUCAGUUCUUAGGUCUGGUCAGUGCUUACCCCAUGUUUGGCUCCUCUUUCUUCUACAUCCAGAGCUGCAGUAACAACAUGGUCAUCUCCCCGUGUAUCCUGGCUGUCAACCAGAACGGGCUCAACUUCCUCAACAAAGAAACCCAUAAGCUGAUGGUGACGUUCCCUCUCAAGGAUAUCCAGAGCACUAGGACCCAGCGUCCGGCAGCAGGGUUCAGCUACCCCUAUGUUGACAUCAUGCUGGGUGAUAUGAUGUCACAUCGCAUAACACAACUACAGCUGGAGCAGGGUUUGGAGCUGUGCAGAGUAGUUGCCGUCCAUAUGGAAAACCUUCUUCAAAGUCGCGACAAGCGCUUGACGCUGCCUCCCAGCGAGAUCACCUUGCUCUGAUCACCAAUGUGGCGGCCUACGGUGGCCUGGAGGGUUUAACUUACUGUCACUCCGCACUUUACAAAGGCCAAGUUCCUCUUACGUUGAUAAAAGAGACUCAUCCCGUGUGGUGAUUCCGGUACGAGAGACAAUCGGAGCCUUGUAACUAAUUCUGCAGAGCAUUGCAACAACCUCACCUCAGCUAUAGGACACCUUUUAAAAGUAAAAUGACAGCAGAUCCAUUAAAAAUAAAAUAGAGACUGAGGAGAAACAGCAUCGGUUAUACUAUGUCAUUAAUAUAUUAUUAUCAGGAAAGAAAUGUGUGUAAGGUCGUAUUGUAAAAUCAGAAGCAGCUUAGAAACUGUUGUAAAUUGCUGCUCUAGCUCCCUCUUGUGGUCACUGUUAUACCACAGCUGCGUGCAGUAUUCCGGUGAUUUUGGAUAGCAUUUCCAAACUCAUAAACUAUAGCAAGGUCUGGCCGGAUUUAGGGCCACAUGAGCCUGGGGCUAAAUAAAAUUAUCAAGGGUAUAGUGUGAGAAGCAGAGGUGUGGCCAGUGUUGUGUGGGCGUGGCCAUUGCCACUUGGGUGUGUACACCCCUACGACAUGAGCCCCAAUGUCUCCCUAAAUGCAUAAUAGAAACAAAUUGCAAUAGUUUGUGAGGAAAGUGGUAAUACAGUUUUAAUUCUUAUGAUUUAUGGCUGUAUGGCUAGCUGGGUCACUCGUCAUCCCCAGGAUGUCAUAAUGAUGGACCUAUCUUUACAGUAUGUGGAGGCCUGGAGCUGUAGUCUCUAUCUGCUCUAUUGUUAAUCUGAGAUUAGUCUCUACACUUCCCGCAGGCCUUAGCCAGUCCUGCCUGGGGAUUUGAGGACAGUGAAGUGAAGACCAGCUGGUAAAGUUGGCUACAACCUGAUCCAUUGGAGCCAAAAUUGUUCCUACAGUACGUUGCGUUAGUGUGCGCCACUCAACAAUCACUUUAUAUAUUAAGGCCCAGAUUUAUCAAGGCUUGCAGAGUGAUAAACAGCACGGUGAUAAAGUACCAGCCAACCAGCUUCGGUCAUUUUUCAAACACAGCCUGUGACAUGGAAGUUAGGAGCUGAUUGGCUGGUACUUUAUCACCGUGCAUUUAUCACUCUAAAAGGCUUGAUAAAAGGGGGUCUGAAUACCAAAUCUAGUUGAGCUGGAUAUAAAUACUAGUUGACCUAUGACCUCCGUUAGUGUGUGGGCCAUUGGCGGACCUGAAAACAGGAUAUGUUCCCUUUUAUCCCACAGUCAAGUCAUUAGGCCCGAUCGCCGAAAUAACAGUUCUGGGUGAUGUUGCAAAGGAGACAAAGCUUGUCUGUGGGCAGCUAUAACCUGGCCAGACAGCGAUAUCCCACAACUGGACAGAGCAACUAGCCACAGCAUCACCCUGGCACCUAGACAGAGCAGAUGCUUGUGCUCAUAACCUAACUGGUGGGAGAAAAGAACCCUUUUCCUGAUCAAAGCCCAUCUGUUACCAGCAAACACAAAUUCUCUAUAUGGAUUCCAAAGGAGGAACAUAAGCAACAGCAUGGACACUUCCCCUUCCGAUUAAAGAAACAGGACACUAAAAACAACAACAACUCACAUCUAUUCUAGACUGUCAUUUAAUAUUCGAGUGUAAGAGUGAAUGGUGAUUCCAUUGUAGAAAUGGAUUCUGGGUAAUAUAAGCACGUUUCGCUAUACUUUGUAUAAAUACAUUUGCAUUACUUUUAUGACUAUUUUCUACUCAGCGUUUUGUGUAAUUGGUGAUGUCUGUCCUGUUUUCUAGACGUUUUGUUAACUGUUUUGUUGGUUUUAUAGAUACGACAGAUUCUGUAUUU